AGAAAUCUGACCGUUAAAAGGUUAAGGACCACUACGUGUUAAAUUUCUCCCCUCCGAUAUCUUCGAAUUAAGCGUAAUUACCAAGCAGAACGACAUAGCUUCGCUCUCGAAAAGAGAAGUCUAAUAUAUUCGUCGCGUUUCCAAACUGACAGGCGAAAGUAAUUUUGCGACGCAAAAUGCUUGUACAUGUAGAAAGUACAAGGUUCGCCAGGAGAAGAAAGUGUCAUCGAGCUGGCUAAAUGGCGGGUUUCGGUUCGUGUACGCGCCAGUUUGAACAUUAACCGAGUAGUACACGCCCCGUGUUCCAGGCGUCGCGUCGCCAUGGAGUCCGGCGCGUGGUGAAAGUCAUUUUGGUUGGCGAUGGGCUGAUUAUUAUGCUAUCCGAGCAAUCGUCAUUCAAUUAUUACACCCAGUGACCCUCGUCUUCGUUCGGCGUAAUUACGUUGCACGCGUGAAAUAUUGCCGCCCGCCUACUGCGUUGCGCGAAAUUCAACGCAUAUGCAAAUCAUCGACGUUCAACACUUUUUCAAAUUCAAUUUACGUUCACGCGCUCGUCGUGUUAAUGGGAGUGGUGCACUUCUGUUGUCCACCUUGAGUUAGGAAAGGUAGUAUCAUUGGUAAUUGCGUGUUAUUGUUCUCUUUGAAGAUUAACAGAGAAAAGUUGCAAUACCGCGAGUUGUUUACGCGAACGAUCGUGUCUGACCGGUGACAAGAAUUAUCUACUGCCGCCGCAUAUUUCUUAUCUUGCGCUCCGUCGAUUAAAUUUAGAAUUGGAGAGAUCGAGGCGGCUAAAUAGGCGGAGGUGGAGGAAAGAAACACCAAAAACAGCGAUAGCGGAGGUGAAAGGGCAUGAUAAGCAAGAACACGAGUGUUUCGCGAGAAUCAGAUGAUCUGGUAGACUAUAAUCAAGCGUUUAGCAUCCAAAGGACGAGGGAGUACCGACAGAUGUGUUGUCGCGUUUCUCGACAACGAAUAUCGGAAUGACGCGUCGAUCAAGUCGUGGCUGGGCAGAGGGCGCAAGGACUUCAUUAAACGGGAAAAAGUAAUACACGUCGUGUUUGGAGCUUGUUGGAGAAGUCUUGGAGUGGAAGAAGGAAGAUCGUCGAACUUAUCAAAUACAAGAUUAAGAAGCGACCGUGGGUUUAUUGUCUCGUCACUUCGCAGCAACAGCGACGGAUAACGUCCUCCCGUCCCUAUCACGAUGUCGUUACUAUGAGAUCCUUCGUGGCGUUAUACCUGACUUUUCCUUACAUCAGACAGCUUCCAGAAGAACACCAUUCGAAUACUUCGACGUUUUCUAUUAGUAAUAAAUCUUACAUCUUGUUCGUCGUGCGUAAAAAGAAGAUCACAAACAAAACGAAACAAAACAGAAGAGAAAGUUCGGAUCGGUCAAAGAAGAAAUUAAACAAACAAAGAAAAAUUGAAGAACCAUAGAAUGGGACGAGGCUACCAAAGAAUUUAAUACAAGGACGUUUCUUGAAGAAAAUCAAACUUAACAAAAGGAAGAAAACCAGAAGACAACAGUGAUCUCGUUUAACCUCGAGUGGAGAUCACUAAAUCGCAGAAUCGCUCGCGUUUGAUUAACGUAAUUGCACAAGGACAGCCGACGACUGUCCCUGUGGGUGGUGUGUGGAAGAAGCAGAAGGGCGUCGAUAAAGAAUAGAGGGGUGCGUGGUGAAACGCGACGAGAGGGUGAAGUGAAGGUGUCCUCGUGGGGUGCCAGAGUGAGCACGAUAGCACCUCUGGUGCCCUCGGCCGUGGGUCCCGAGGGGACGGACGCCAUGGCGGCCUCUUCGUCCUCGUCGAGCGGCGAGCAACAGUACUCACUCAGGUGGAACGACUUCCACUCGAGCAUCCUCAGUUCAUUUCGUCAUCUGAGGGACGAGGAGGAUUUCGUGGAUGUGACCCUGGCAUGCGACAGUAGCAGCUUCACCGCGCACAAGGUCGUCCUCUCUGCGUGCAGUCCUUACUUCCGGCGGCUCCUCAAGGUCGAUAAUAUAUUGGACUUGGCCAGUGACCUGUCUGGAUUAGCCUGGGAUUCGUGGAAAAGGAAUUCCAUCGAUGGAAGUUACUUGGUUGCUUCUACGGAAAUAAAUAUGCCGCGGAUAUCUCCAAUUAUGCACGUCUCUAGGUUUCGAAUUGCGAAUCCAUGUCAGCAUCCGAUUGUGAUCCUGAGGGACGUUGCCUCGUCCGAUAUGGAGUCGUUGCUGCGCUUCAUGUACCACGGCGAGGUUCACGUGGGACAGGAGCAGCUGGCUGCCUUCCUCAAGACGGCGCAGAUGCUUCAGGUUCGGGGGUUGGCCGAUGUGAACAGCGGUGCUGCCACAGCGAAAAUUCCACCUCCUUCGUCGUCUGGUGGAAAUAACGGUAGUGCACCGGCGACACCACGCAAUCCGUGGCAAGAUAACGGCAGGGGAGAAUUGAACGAGGGUGCUUUGAGUCCUCCACCAGAGAAGAGACCUAGAAGUUAUAGUCCACCGUUGGGUAACCACGUGGAGCAGAAAACUGACCUGCAGGAAUCACUUCUGGGACAGGCCCUGGAAGGAGGACCCACGAUACACACGACACCUACAAAUAAUGUACAGACGCAGUCUACCGGCGAAGAAUCAAACUCAAUGUCAGAUGAAGAGGAGAUGUCGAAUAACGAGAGUAUUCUGAAUUCCGUGAAGACGGAACCAAGCGACAUUUUAAAUGAUUCUAUAGAACACCAUCGUAAUUCGUUUCCUACGGCGCUCUUGGGAAUACCAGGACUGAUACCGGGGCCAUCCGGGAUCCACGCGGCGAAUCAGGAUCCGAAUUACGUCGGUCGCCGCGGUUUGGACAUGAUGCGGGUCCGCGCCACAGAUCCACGUCCCUGCCCGAAAUGCGGUAAGAUCUAUCGAUCUGCCCACACGUUGCGAACUCAUCUGGAAGAUAAGCACACGAUCUGUCCUGGCUAUCGUUGCGUUCUCUGCGGCACCGUGGCGAAAUCAAGGAACUCUUUGCAUUCGCACAUGUCGCGGCAGCAUCGUGGAAUCAGCACUAAGGACCUACCAGUACUACCGAUGCCGAGUCCGUUCGAUCCUGAACUGGCGUCGCGUCUAUUGGCCAAGGCGGGUGUCAAGGUGAGUCCCGCGGAGUUACGAGCUCGUGCCAGUCCCACGGGACCCAGAAGGGGUGACAUGAGACUGGAGAUACCUCGAGGAGGCGCGCCAUCCGAGGCCGGAAGCAGCAUCUGCGGCGGGGACGACCCAGAAGACCUAACGCUGCCGCUCAGCCUGAGGUAUGGAUCACCGACGCCAAACAAUAACACUGUGAUCACCAAAGUAAGCGGUAGCAACAGCGGCAUUAAUCCCAAAAGUUCGACUGCAACGGCGAUUGCGGCCAAGUCUUUAGACACCAUGCACGGCAGCCGUGAGCCAAAUACGGCUCCUCUUCAUCCACCCGGGCAUCUUCAUCCGAGCCAUCAUAACACCAGCGCCACUGGAUCGGCGAUCAUCGAUACGUAUCUACAAUUUAUCGCGGAGAAUUCCGGAUUGACCACAAUGGGACUUAGUGCAGAGCAAGCUGCUGCGGUAGCGGCUGCACACGCGGCUAAGAUGGCUCACAUGAGCGCGAUGGAUAAAUUAGGCAGUCGUGGGAUCGAAGAUUAUCCUAUGAUCGGCAGAGAUGAGGGUCGAGGACCGGGAGUAGUGCACGAGGAUCGUCAGGAUACGUUGCAGGAUAGGCACGUUGGACUUUUGGAGGAAGGCGAGUCGUCCGGUGGCGAAGAAGACGACUUUAGCGAGAACGAGGAGCCAGAGAUCGUUAAAGCGGAAUAGAUGGCACGUUAGCGGUAUCUUCCGGCCAGAUUUGGUGACACGUGACCCGAUUAGGAAGUGCUUAUGAAGAGACGUGCCCUGUAUCUUGGUUCCAGCCACGUCCUCUUCCUUCGCGGUCAAAUCCAUCCACUACCUCAGUAGAGACUUACUCCUGUUUUCUUUUCGUUACGAGAGAUGGAACUCUUUUGUUUUUUUCCAAA